GAGCGGCCGCGGCAGGACGGCGCCAUGAGGGAGAGCUUCGACGCCCUGCUCGCCCUGGGUGUCCCCAUCACCAAACCGGAGCCGGUGCCGCACACGGAGCAAGCGGAGGAGCCGCGCACCCAGGCACCGGCGGAGGAGACGGAGGCACCGGGCUGUGCCGGCUCAGCAAGGCUGCUGGUCCCCAAGGCGGAGGCGCUGCCUGAGGGCGAUGGCGAGGAGCAGCCGGGCGGCGGGGACGCGGGGGCUGUGCAGGGGCAUGGCAGCCUGGAGCUCGGCUGCUCAGAGGACUGGCUGGUGCGGAAGGUGAAGGUGGAGGACGAGGACGAGGAGUGGCCGGCCGGCCUCAGCGCCGAGGCCCUGCUGGCGGGGCAGCUCCCGGGCAGCGCCUCCCCGCCCGCCGCGGGCGCCUGCAAGCCGGAGCCGUCCAGCCCCGGGGAGCCGGCGGAGCUGGGCUACGGCGUGCUGCCCGCCUUCGCCUGGCCGCUGCUGGGCGAGGGCCUGGCCGGCCCCAGCGCCUGCCAGCACUGCUGCUGCGCGGCGCAGCCCCGGCCGUGCGGGCAGUGCGGCGCCCCGGCCCCCCCGCGCCCCUUCGCCUGCGCGCAGUGCGGGAAGGGCUUCGGCAAGAAGGCGCACCUGACCCGGCACCUGCGGGUGCACACGGGCGAGCGGCCCUACCCCUGCGCCCAGUGCGGCCGGCGCUUCCGCCAGAAGAUCCACCUCCGCUCCCACCAGAAGACGCACACGGGCGAGCGGCCCUUCCCCUGCACCGAGUGCGGCCGCCGCUUCCGCAAGAAGACGCACCUGGUGCGGCACCAGCGCACCCACACCGGCGAGCGCCCCUACGCCUGCGCCUGCUGCGGCCGCAGCUUCGCCCACAAGCAGCACCUGCUGCGGCACCAGCAGCUGCACGCCGAGCCGGCCGACGAGGCCACACUGCCGCCCGCCGAGCAGAAGCCCUUCCCCUGCCCCGAGUGCGGGAAGAGCUUCAGCUGGAAGAAGAACCUGACGUCCCACCGCCGGCUGCACCUGGAGGGGCGGCCCUUCGCCUGCGCCGAGUGCGGCCGCGGCUUCAGCGACAAGCGGCACCUGACGGCCCACCUGCGCGGGCACAUGGGGCUGAAGCCCUACGCCUGCCCCCACUGCGAGAAGACCUUCAGCCACAAGCCCAACCUGACCACCCACCAGCGCACGCACACGGGCGAGCGCCCCUUCGCCUGCCCCGACUGCGGCCGCGGCUUCGCCCACAACCAGCACCUGCUGCGGCACCUGCGGGUGCACACGGGCGAGCGCCCCUUCGCCUGCCCCCAGUGCGGGCGCUGCUUCAGCUCCCGGCCCAACCUCAUCGCGCACACCAAGGCGCACGCCGGCGCGCGCCCCUUCACCUGCGAGCAGUGCGGCCGCGGCUUCAGCCGAAAGUCCCACCUGGCGCGGCACCAGGCGGUGCACACCGGCACCCGGCCCCACGGCUGCGCGCAGUGCGGCAAGCGCUUCAGCUCCAAGACCAACCUGGCGCGGCACCAGGCCGUGCACACCGGCCACCGGCCCUACAUCUGCACCCAGUGCGGAAAGAGCUUCAGCCGGAAGACCCACCUUCUGCGCCACGAGCGCACCCAUGCCGCGGCGCCCGCGCCCCGGCAGAGCUGGGUGGCCCCGGCCCCUGCCACCCUCUGCCCCUGAGCGCCGGGAGCUGAGCCCCUGCCCGCAGGGCUGCCGUGCUCCGUGUCCUGCGCCGGCACCGCGGUCGAAGGGAGGAACCGGCUGCUCCGAUGUGGGACGUGCCGCCAGCUGCUGCCCCCCUUGCAGUGCCCAGCUCCGGGGACCUGUGUGGCAUCGGGGUGGGGACAGGGACAGAGCUGUCGUGCUCCUGCCAAGGGGGCCAGUGCAGGGCACCCGACGGCUCUGGGUGGGCCCAGCGAUGCUCUUGGCCCCGGCACCGGGACGCUGCGUCUGGGCUCGCUGUCCUUCUCCAGGCAGGGCCCAGCGAGGCGGCUCCAGCACCGGAGCGCUGGCCUGCGGCAGGGCUGGUGGCUCUCAGGCAGCAGGGCCAGCACCUGGUGGAAAAGCUCCCUGCAGCCGCACGGGGGGCACGAGCCCUGCUCCCAGCCCUGCCCAGGCCUGGCAGGCUCCCCUGUGGCAGGAACAAUUCCUAAAUGCCAAUAAAACGUCCUUUGCCAAGUU